AUGGCCCGCUAUAGGAAUCUCUUGCUGCAUGAUAUGCCUUGCAAAUAUCCUUGGAUCAUGUCUGGAAGAUUCUGAGACUUGUCAUGCGCGUUUUGCGUGAGCCAUCAUGCGCUAGCAUCACAGAAUUUGGAGGGCCUUCUGAUGCGUUAUAAUUUCGCACGACAAGCAAGGUCCACGCGAGAGAAUAGGGUCCCCACGCUGGGGCCUUGCGCCCAUCCCUAGUAGCGCUAGUGGGGCAAGGAGGUGCGGCAUCGGGGCGGGCAGCGUCCUUCCCUCGCUUCACACCAGGGCGCGCGCACAGUGGCUCAAUAGUGCGCGAAGCACUAGUGGGGCAAGGAUGUUCGGCAUCGGGGCGGGCGGCGUCCGCCCCUCGCCUCACACCAGGCGCGCGCAGAGCACUAGUGGGGGGGAGGGUGUCCACCCGUCAUGGCCACCUGUCGCGGUCACCUGUCGCCCGGGGUACGCGUUACCAGGGCCCGGAAGCCAAGCAAUGUAAGUCAAUAAUGAUGCCCCCCUCGUCGCCGCGUAGCAAAAAUUGCAUUCGCUUUGCUGCUCAUGCAAUACAGAUUUUGACUUUUGGAAUCCAAAGGCAGCGUCACAAGUUGCACUCUUCCAGACAUCCAGGGAUCAUUAUUAUAAAUAUUUGCAUUUUAUACAACAAGAAUCUCACAUGUUAUUCAAGCCGGAGAUUUAUUGUGAAGCAAAAAGACCGUACCGGAUCUGGUUCUGGCCUGGUGCUCUCGUCACACAGGAGGAUCGGUAAAAUCGAACCCAUCAAGAGCAGCUCCACAAAACGAUGGCAGAAGAAUCUAUUUCUCUGGCGGGUUGUACUAGAUUGGUUUAGAGCCAGCGGAGCUGCAGGAGCCCUACUGUGUUGGAGUUCCGGAUUAUAGAAAAAUUCGAGACCGAGUUCGA